AUGACAGCGGGAAGCCGCGGCCGGCCCCGGCAGCGCCCCGGAGCGCGGCUCUCGCCCGGGAGGGGCGGCCAGGGCGCUGUCAUGCAGGACCCUACCCCGGAAUGCGCCGAGGAGAGCCGGGCGGCGGCCUCGGCGGAGGGCAGCGAGGCGUUCUGCCUGCAGAGGGUGUUCGACAUGGUGCAGCGCUCCUCGCAGCUGAGCGCGGUGCUCUCGGAGCCGCUGGACGUGACGGUGGUGGCGGUGGAGCGGUACCUGGCGCAGGCGCCGCCCGCCGCCCCCCGCCAGUACUGGUACGACCUGACGCUGGCGGACGGCGCGGGCCGGUGCCGCUGCCACCUCGCGCCGCGCCUCAACGGGCUGGUGCAGCGCGCGCGCCUGCGGCCGGGCACGCGCGUCCGCCUGACGCGCUGCUCGUUCCGCUACGACGAGAGGCGCCUGAACCGCGGCUUCGUCUGCCUGGAGGGGCUGGAGCUGGACGGGAGCACCGGCACCGCCGCCGCGGGCACCCCGCCCGACGGGCACCGCCCGCACCAGCCCCUCCGCGGAGACAAUAGGCACUACCUGCCGCUCUGGAACAACGAGGAUCCCUAUGGAGACGUGUGGGUACGGGACAGGCCCCCGGUGCAGGUGGAUGUGGACGUCUCCAAACUGACUAAUCUUGGUCAUCUGGAAAUGACAUGGAGAAGCAGAGUGCAUUUCCAUCCACUUCUUGUGAGAAUCCUGCACAAAUCUAGACUAAAGUACUAUGGAAAACCAGAGAAAAAAAUGGAUAUGCCUUAUCAGGCUUACUUUGAAGUUGCUGAUGGUUCAGGCAUGAUGUCAAUGGUUUUGUGGAAUUCUCUGUGUCCUGAGUGGUAUCACAGCAUGAAGGUUGGCACAGUGCUGCUCCUUGCCAAGUAUGCCAUCAAAUCCAGUUACCCGUUUAAAACACACCCCACCCCAGGGGAUUCACAGAUGAAGAGAUUUGCUACAAUUGAAAUUUGCCUCAAUGUUCGGGAUCCUCCUACUGAAAUAAGUAUUAUUCCAGAAGAAAUGGUUAAGCCAGAGUGGGGAUUACCUGAAGUUAAAUAUAGGUUUAUCACAAGGUCAGAGCUGGAUGACUUACCGCACAAUCAUUCCUGUGAUGUUAUUGGUCUUGUGACAUUUGUAGGAAGGGCUGAGCGAGCCAGAAAAAGAGAACACAGUGAAGACUUCUGGCUGUAUCGUUGGGCACAUGCCAUUGAUGGGACCUCAGAACAACCGUUCAUACUGGAAUUGUUUGCAACUUCUCAGCCAGAUGUGUUUGAGCAUAUUCAUCCAAUGACAUACUUGGUGUGCACACAGAUGAGAGUGAUGACUGAGAAUCCUUCCAGGACAGUUUAUCUUACAACUUCAAAUGAAAGUCAAAUAUUCAUUAAAGGGUGGCACAAGGGCCAGCCAUACACCAAGGAUGCCAAAGUGAAAAACUUCAUUCAGUGGAUGGAAUCUCAAAGUGAAGCUGAUCAAAUAAAGAAAACUGUCAUCGGUGGCUAUUACCCUUUUCCACGACCUCCUGAUAGCUUUUUGAAAUAUUGUAAAAACAAUGAAGUUGAAUCAGUUUUGAAACCCAUAGGUGAAAUAGGGAAAGAGAUUGAAGACCUGCACUACAGAGAACACAAGCGAAUUGCUGUUCAGGGCAUAAUCAGUGCCAUAAGAUACAUCAGCUGUAGCAAUGCAGCUGAGGAAACCCCAGGAGGGGACCUGGUCCAGAAAGAUACCUCUCAGUCUCUUGGAUGUUCUUCUGUGUCCAAAGAAGACUGUGUUGACAAGGGAAAACACAAUGAAAUUCAAUCUUUUCUGGGGCCACCCUGCACUCCUGGAGAACAUCAGCACCAAGCUCCACUGUCAAAAAGGAGUUCAGUCAAGAGAAGGACACCAUGCAGAUUCAGAAGAGAUGCAGAACAGGGAGGUACUUCUGUUACUCCUGUAUCAUCUCACCCCUAUUUUACACGGACUGUAAGAAGAAAACUUGGCUUAGAUGAAUAUCAGCAUGGACAUUCUGUGCAAGAUAAAAAUGGACAGGCUGUGUCAGACAGUUUGCAGUAUUGCACAGAUCAAGAAGGAGUCAAUAAUAUAGCUGAAAUUGAAGAGCCUGGGAGAACUUGUGGUUCCUGGCAGAGUGACCUGUGGGCACAAGUGAAAGACAAGUUAAUGAAUUAUUUUCAUCACAGCAAAAUUUUCCCAGAAAGUAUCCCACGUAAAUUUGAUUAUGUGCACAAAGACUUACUUAUGCAACAGUACAACCUUCAUGCAGCAGUGCACCAGCCAACAGAAGCCAGAAUAGAUAAAAACAUCAAUGAAUUUAAAAGUGCUAUUGGCCUUGGAUAUUAUGAAGUGACAGUUCUGGGUAUAAACCAUGAUAUAGCAAUAGAUGUUGCUUUUCUUCCACUGUUUUGCCCUGACAAUCCCCACUUGUUUCAACUGGAAGACAUUCAGAAUGAUACAUUAUUGUCUUGUAUGAGUUGUAUCUCUGCAUGCCAGCAGAAGGCCACCAACAGUGGGAGGCUUGGUGACACGUUUCCUCUUUCAGAUGAAAUUGUAAAAGCAGCGAAGGAGCUCGAUGGCAAACAUGUUAUCUGCAUCUUGGACAUGUGUCACUUGGGUGAUGACAAGGUGGAAGUGUUUCUGAACCAAAUCUACAAGACAGUGGAACCAGGUGUGCUGGACCCAGUGUAAUUUAAUAACUUAAUUGUCAAAUGUAUGUUGUUCAAAAGGAGGGAAAUAAAAUUGCUGUAACUUGAA